CUCUGUAGUCUAGCAAUUGAGCGCACAGAUACCAGAUAAAUUUCGAAGAAUCUCGAGUCUCCCCACUCCACCGAAUCAGACGAGGAAAAAAAUCGUCUUGAGUCCCCGGCAUGGCGCAGAGGACGCUAGAGCUGACGCUGAUCUCGGCGAAGGAUCUGAAGGAGGUGAACCUGCUCUCCAAGAUGGAGGUGUACGCCGUCGUCUCGCUCUCAGGCGACCCCCGCUCGCGGCAGCGGAUCCAGGCCGACCGCCGCGGCGGCCGCAACCCCACCUGGAACGCCACGCUUCGCUUCACCGUCCCGGCCUCGGGCCUCGGCUCCCUCCACGUCCUCCUCCGCGCCGAGCGCGCCCUCGGCGACCGCGACGUCGGCGAGGUCCACAUCCCCCUCUCCGAGCUCCUCUCCGGCGCCCCUGACGGCCCGGUCCCCUCCAAGUUCGUCGCGUACCAGGUCCGCAGGAUCUCGUCCGGCAAGCCACAGGGGGUUCUCAACUUCUCAUACAAGCUCGGCGAGGUCACCAAAUCGGCCGGCUACGCUCCCAACACCGCCUCAGCCGCGUACGCGCAGCCUCCACCGGCCGCAGCGUACCCGCCUCCCUCCGCCUACCGGCCAGCGGGCAUGGCCGAUGCGUACCCGCCUCCCUCCGCCUACCCGCCGGCAGCCAAGGCGGAUGCGUACCCGCCUCCUACCGCCUACCCGCCAGCAGCCAAGGCCGACGCGACCUACCCGCCCCCCACCGCCUACCCGCCUGCGGCAAAGCCCAACGAGGCGACAACAGCUUACCCAACCCCAUCCGGCUACCCGCCCGCGUCAGGCAAGCCGGUGACGGCAUACCCUGCCGCCGGCCCCAGCACCGCGGCGCCCUACGCGGCUUCUCCUCUGCAGUACGGAUACGGCUACCCACCGCAGCAACCGGCCGGCUACGGGUACCCGCCGCCGCCGCAAGCUGGGUACGGGUACCCGCCGCAGGCUGGGUACGGGUACCAGCAGCAGGCCGUGAAGCCGCCGAAGAAGAAUAACCUCGGGUUGGGGCUCGGGGCCGGGCUUCUCGGAGGCGCGGUCGGCGGGCUCCUGAUCGGGGAUAUGAUCUCGGAUGCGUCGUCGCACGAUGCCGGCUACGACGCCGGGUUCGACGACGGCGGUGGCUUUGAUUUCUAGAGCGCUCUGAUGAGGAUGACAUGAUACAGCUGAUGUCUUUCGUUUUGGAUUUGCUUUCUUUUUUUCUACCUAAUUGUGAGGACCAAAUUAUGCAUCUUACUGUCUGCUAGGGUAAUGUAAAUACGAUGCAUCAAAUGAUCUAGUGUAUGAACUGCAGUUUUUGUUCAAAUUUUUA